CCAGUGGUGAAGACUAGAAAUAUGAGGAAACGUGUUGCUUUGACACAGAAUCAAGCACAAAAUGUUGCCCAAGAUCAUAACCAAAACGAAGCUCAAGACCGGUCGUUACACGCUGUGCAGGAUCAGUCGCACUAUGAUGAUUAUUUGCUGAAUGUUUCCACAAUGGUCAAGCCAGGAAAGAAGCUAAGACAUGUUGCUUUGACACAAAAUCAAACAGAAAGUGAUGCUCAAGAUCAUAAACAUAAUGAAGCUCAAGUAUCCACAAUGGUGAAGACUAGAAAGAAGCAAAGGCGUGUUGCUUUGACACAGAAUCAAACAGAAAAUGAAGCUCAAGAUCAUAACCAUGGCGAAGCUCAAGACAUGUCAUUGCUUAAUAUGCAAGACCAGCCACACCAUGAAUCUGACACUCAUUCCACUGUUAUAUCUCCUCCAAGCAUACACUAUUCUGCCGUCCAAGAGGGACAUGAAGGCUCUGUGAUUGAUGUUUCCCCAAUGAAGACUAGAAAGAAGCAAAGACAGGUUGUGUUGACACAGAAUGUAACAGAGAAUGAUGCUCGAGACUAUAACCAGAAUGAAGCUGAAGAUCUGCUGUUGCACACCGUGCAGGACCAUCCAUGUGUACCUUAUCCUGGCAUCCAAGAGGAUCCAGGGCAUGAUCACUCUGUUUUUGAUGCUUCUAAUGGAAAGCAAAGGACUCGAGGCCGCACGCAAAUGACUAAUGUGUGGAAUCUCCCACAAGAUGAGCGAAUUCUCCUCCGAUUCAAUAAUAAAAGUCAGCCAUAUGGGCGUGAGGCUCGUGUUCUUUCAUCAUUUAUUGGUGUUCUUGUUAGGAAUGGACAGAGACUUCCUCUAAACUACAAAACUUGGAGGAAGGUUCCUGCUGUGUACAAGAAAGAUAUUAUAGAGCUUUUAAAGACAAAAUUUUUUUUCCCCUUAGGUCAUACAGGAUGGAUCUUAAAAGCAUUGGGUAAAAAAUGGAAGGAUUUUAAGUCAGAAUUGAAAGCAGAAUAUUUUUAUCGUUACAAGACUAAAGGAGAACUGCUAGAAAACAAACCACCUGAAGUCCAGAAAGAUCAAUGGGAAUUCCUUGUUGGUUUUUGGUUAUCAGAGGAAGGAAAGGUAAAUUUUAUUUUGAGAAAUAUAAGUCCCCUUCUCCACCACUUGAGCUAAGCCUGACAUGUUUUU